CUCGCCGUGUGAUGGAACGCCUCGUCGGAGCAGGCAGCCAGCGACGGAACAGUUAACAUCCCGGGGAGUUCCCUCGCCAGUGGCGGAGUUGUACUUUAUGUAUAGCACCUGUUGUGCCGUCAGUUGGCAGCCUCCGAGAAAACCCAACCCCGGCCGCGCGGCGAUAUUUCAUCCCGGUCGUCUCCGCCCGAGUUAUGACUCGAGACCUCGCCAGACAACAGAAGUCGUCUCGCCGCUGCGCAUGGUUUUCUGGGCACAGACUGUAUCGGGUUGCCGGACUCCCCUCGCCGUGUCUCCGCGUGUGCGCGAGAGGUUUCGCCGUAGUGCGUAAAGAGCGGCGGGGGUUUAUCCAGACGGAGGCUCGUACGCACCGUGGACGCACGCGUCAGCCCAAAACGCGCAUCCGUGCAUGUCCAGUGAUCUCGCAGCGUAGAUGAUAUGUCUGCACGCGGACGCCUGUUGACCUAAUUCCAGGAUUAUCGUGACUUCCAACAAAACUUUGUCCAACUCGCUAUCCCAACUUUCCGCGGCGCCACAACAGGUGCGCACUUGCGUUGCGCAGCGAGCGUCCGGUUUUUUUUUUGGGGGGGGGGAAAGCCUUUUGGAAGAAGGAUUUAGUCUUUGACUUGAAGAGUGACAGGGUUUCACUUUCCCCAGGACUGACGAUUAAGAUUAUGUGGAUUCUACUCUGCUUCUAUCGUCUCCAAAUGUGUCCCAAACAGCACUGGUGUCCUGUAAACGACGCGUGCGCGUGGUGAUGAUACGAACCGUCCCGUCUACAGCGCCCUGCGACCGCCCGCCACCACUCAUCCAAAUGAUCCUUCCAUUUCUCUGCCUCCUUGCAUCGCUUCUCCAACACUAUGGCUCGGGAGCUGAAUCAAGUCACGUCACCAAAUUCCACCUUCCAAGUGUAAAGGAGCAAAACGGAGUGCAAGAUUCCCAUCAGGAGAAGAUCAUAACAGUGUCCGGGGAGGGGAUGGUCCAGAGCCCAGACUUCCCGCGUCAGUAUCCCAGGAAUACUGUGUUGACCUGGAGACUAGUGGCACCGAGCAACAUGUGGAUCCAGCUCACCUUUGACGAGCGGUUUGGUCUGGAGGACCCUGAAGAUGGCAUAUGCAAGUACGACUUUGUGGAGAUAGAGGAGCUGACCGAGAAGACGAUCCUGGGCCGUUGGUGCGGGUCGCAGUCGGUGCCGACCUGCCAGACUGCCGAGGGCGCUCAGAUCAGGAUCCGCUUCGUCUCCGACGAGUACUUUCCCUCCGAGCCGGGAUUCUGCAUCCGCUACUCCCUCCUGCCGGUGAGAGCAUCGGGACCACAAGCUCCUGCCGUCGUCGCUCCAUCCCUGCAGGGUAUCGAGGAUCUGUCGGAGGCCGUGGCCGGGCUGAGCACCGUGGAGGAGGUCAUGAAGUACCUGGAGCCGGAGCGGUGGCAGCUGGACAUGGAAGAGUUGUACAAACCCACGUGGCAUGUGCUGGGCAAAUCCUUCAUUCAUAAUAAGAAAGCCAGAGGAGGGGCCGAUCUCAAUCUGUUGAGAGAGGACGUCCGCCUGUACAGCUGCACGCCGCGCAACUUCUCCGUGUCCCUGCGCGAGGAGCUGAAGAGGACAGAUGCCAUUUUCUGGCCAAGCUGCCUCCUGGUGAAGCGCUGCGGUGGAAACUGCGCCUGCUGCUCGCACCGCUGCUACGACUGUCAGUGUGUCCCCGCCAGGGUCACAAAGAAAUACCACGAGGUUCUCCUGCUGAAACACCGGAGCGGCGGACGCGGCCUGCAGAAGUCCAUGACUGACGUGCCCUUGGAGCACCACGAGGAGUGCGCCUGUGUGUGUAACGACGACUGGGACUGACCUCGGACACGUGUAACAGCCGCCACUGGAAUCACACGGGACGUUUCGAAAAGAAAAAGAGGAAAAAAAAAGAAAAAAAGUUUUAAAAAAAAAAUGAACCUCCGCCACUGUCGCAAGGCUCCGAGGUCUCAUCCACUUCCGCCUGGGGAGCUAACAAGAUCUUUACCCUUCAUCCCAUUGUCCCUUUUCGCUAAAUUGGAUGGAGCAGGACAGACUGGAAUCUAAUAAAAACUUCUGAAUCGAUUUGACUGCUGUGGAAUACCGAUAGAGUGCAUUUUAGAGAGACGAAGAAGAAAAAAUUCACUGGAGCAGAUCUGGACUAUUACCUUUGUGCCCUGAAGACUGUUUUCCGCAGCUCCUCAGAGAUAAGGGCGUCGGGGGGCGUUCUUUGCCUCGUCGUCGUCGUCGUCGUCGUCGUCGUCGUCUUCUCGUGGCCUUCUUCAACGUUCAGCCAGCGUGGGCUGAUGGUGUCAUGGAAAAUGGGAGCUCUCUUUUGUUCAAGUGCUUCUCUUUUUAAAUGUCUGUACUGUACGUGAGCUGACUCCAGCCACCUGGCUCCCUCCGCUUCUCUAUUAUUACCAUCACCUCCCUGCGCUCUCCCCAGAUUGAAAUCUGCAGCCACAGCCUCCCUAAAGAAAGACUCUAUCACACAUCAUGUAAAUAUUUACCUCUCUCUCCUGUACCUUUGUGCCUUUUUCUACCAAAGAUUCUCAAGGAGGAGAUUCAUUAGGGCUCCUCCCCCCGGCCCAUCUUAACAAUACCACAGUCCGUUUCUGUUUGUGUCGAGCGGCGCCUGCUUCCAAUUGUUUGAAUUAGAUAUUUAUUUGUUUGAUGAAAGGGAUUUUUUUUUUUUUUUGUGUGUGUCUAUAAUGUCUUGUUUUUGCGACACGCGUCACUGUGCAGCAGUAGUAUUAGCAUUUUCAUUGUUACUCAUUUUACAUUUUCAUUGUGUCAUGGAUGUUUUGGUUUUUUCCACUUCCUGUAUGCCAAAGUUAUUUAUCUCCUACUUUUGCAACAGCUGUCUGUGUAUUUCAUUUUACUGAACAUCAACAAUAAAGUCUUCCGUUUCUAGCAGGA